AAAACCACAGCUGGUACUUGCGCCGAGGGAGCUUACAGUAGAUUUAUCGAAGACACGCACGCGGCAUUGCCGUUUUCGUCUCUUCGCUCUCUCCCCUCGAUCACGGAUUAUUUAUCAUUCACAAGAGUAAGGACAAUUCGUUCGUUCUAUCGCCUUAGAAGCUGCACGUGCGCUCGUCGAAAGAAGGAAAGCUAUUACUUUCGCUCGUAGGUGAAGAGGAGGCAAGUCAAAGAAAUUGGAAUGGCUCGUGGACAACAGAAACUCCAGUCUCAAGCUAAGGCAGCUGAGAAAGCUGCAAAGGCAAAAAAGCAACAGGGCCACAGUGCUAACGAACAGAAAAAAGCUGCGCAGAAGGCUUUGGUUCACAUUUGUGCUGUAUGCAAGGCACAAAUGCCAGACCUAAAGACUUACAAGCAGCAUUUCGAAAACAAGCACCCUAAGAACGAUUUACCCGAUGAUCUAAAAAAUAUAUGAGGUUAGUGCCUCCUACAUUAAUGAAGCACUGGAGGCAGCUGACGAGUGUUCGAUUAUCAUAAUUAAAUGAGAGAGUGAUUUAGACUUAAGAUAAUGACAGUUAAUUGACUUCUCGAGAAGAAAUAAAUUGAAUCUUGUUAUGGCAUGAGAUGCGGAAGGAACUUUUGAGAGCAAAGCCAUAAUCAGAAUCAUGCGUUUUGAUUUUUGGUCUCCUCUUUCUUUAGCUCUAUAAUGCUCUUCUAUUUCUUUUUCCGUAUACAAUACUAUUGUCAGGAUCACAGAUGUAGGCACCUUUCAUUACUUUAAUACAGACAUUUUUUUUUAUUUAUUUACACCUUAUUAGUAAUAUAAUAUAGAAUAAUGGUACGAAAGAAUUUUAUAAGGAGGGUUAAAAUUUUUAUUGAAUUGUAGAUAAUGGCUGGGAAAGCAAAGAAUUAUUGUUAACCUCUUUCUUCAUAUUUUUCUUAUUUUAUUUUGUUACAAGUUGUUUAUUGUAAUUCAAUAAAAA